CAAAUCACAGCUUUAAAUUACUUUCAGCAAUUUAUUUGACAGUUCACUGUUAUACUCUCGACUUAUCCCUCUCGCUCACAUGAUAAGAUCAUAACCAUAAAUCAUAACCAAAGUAAACCAAGAGUGACGUGGUCUGAGAUGUGUCUCCUAUAUUCUGGGAUUGUUUCCCACUUCUUCACGUUCCCUAUUUGUUUAGUAGGCAGUUAUCAGUUGUACUUUCUAUUGUAUUUAAGAGACUAUUGUCUUAUGAAAAGAUAUGAAAAGAAAAUUGGAGUAAACUUUGUGUUCUUGUUCUCUUAAGUCUUUGGGACCUAUCAUCACACUCUCCUGAAACGAAUUCAACUAGCAAGAACAAUGGUUUUGGUUAAUCUUCACACCGAUGGUCAACCAAUUAUCAUCAACAGAUACCUGUUGACCUGGUACUUGCUACGCAUGAGAGAUCAAACAAGAAACCGACAAUCUCAACCGGUCCUUGGUUUACCGGGUAUUAACACACUGGGUGAAGACCAUGGCUUGCAGAACCAAGAGCAGGAAAGGGAAGAAUGGGUGAUUUCGGUAAAAGGUAAGAUGGAGCAAGCAAUAAGAAACGGUUCCACAACAAGUUGGGACAAGCUCUGUAUUUAUAGAGUUCCACUUCACCUGCAAGAGAACGACAAGAAGUCCUACUUCCCUCAAACCGUCUCGCUGGGUCCGUACCAUCAUGGCAGCAAACAUCUUCUGCCCAUGCAGUUUCACAAGUGGCGUGCUGUUAACAUGAUCAUGGCACGCACCGGUCACGGCAUUGAAAUAUAUAUUGAUGCCAUGAAAGAGCUUGAGGAGAGGGCUCGUGCUUGCUACCAAGGGCCAAUUGCUUUAAGCGUUAAUGAGUUUACAGAAAUGCUUGUUCUUGAUGGCUGUUUUGUUCUUGAGCUCUUCAGGGGAACUGUGGAAGGAUUCCAGCCAAUCGGAUAUGCACGCAACGAUCCUGUUUUCGCCAUGCGGGGAUUGAUGCAUUCAAUUCAACGUGACAUGGUUAUGCUGGAAAAUCAACUACCUCUCUUCGUCCUAGACCGGUUAUUAGGGCUACAACUUGAACUUGGUACAACGAACCAAACCGGUUUAGUGGCACAAGUAGCCGUUAAGUUCUUUGAUCCACUAAUGCCAACAGGAGAGGCCUCUACCAGACUGGACCCGUUAAAUCUCAAGACCUGGCUGAAAAGAUCCUUGGACUUACUUGGCGACAAUGGUGAGUUGCACUGUCUUGAUGCUUUCCGUCGAAGCCUCCUCAAGUUUAGUUAUACACCGAAUCCAAGGUCUGAGGAGGAUCCACUCCCCUUGAACCUGGUGGACAAGAGACAACAACAACUCGUACAUUGCGUGACGGAACUAAGAGAAGCUGGUGUUAAAUUCAAGACAAGGAAAACUAACCGGUUUUGGGAUAUCCGGUUCGAGCACGGUUGCUUAGAGAUACCCAAACUACUAAUCCAUGACGGUACCAAAUCACUCUUUUCGAAUCUUAUAGCUUUCGAACAAUGCCAUAUUGACUCGACCAAGGACAUAACAUCGUACAUAAUUUUCAUGGAUAAUCUAAUAAAUUCUUCUGAAGAUGUUAGCUACUUGCACUACUGUGGUAUUAUUGAACAUUGGCUAGGGAGCGAUGCUGAAGUUGCGGAUUUGUUCAACCGGCUAUGUCAGGAAGUGUUUUUCGAUCCAAAAGAUAGUUAUUUAUCUAAACUGUCUGAUGAGGUUAACUAUUACUAUAGUCGUAAGUGGAAUGCUUUGAAGGCUACUUUAAAACACAGGUACUUCAAUAACCCUUGGGCAUAUUUCUCAUUUUUCGCUGCAGUGAUUCUGCUGGUGCUCACAUUAGUCCAGAGUUUUUAUGCUGUUUAUGCUUAUUACAAGCCACCUUCUUGACAUUAUUGGUCAUUUUAUUUUUCAUUUCAGUUCUUGUUUUUCCAAUAAGUUGUAUUUUCUUCUAUGAAAGAAAAAACAAACAAAAAAUGACGUAACAUUUUUUUUUUCAAUAAGUUUGUGUAAGAAAA